AAUGUUAGGCUCCCACCUCUGAAAUACAUCUCUUAAAUCUCUCUCUUUCUUUCCAGCGACCCUAUUAUUAGAUUCACAUUCAUUAUAAGUCAUUUUCAAUCUGGUGCACGUAUGUUUCAGUUCAUUUGUGUGUCUGUAGCUCAGUGACGACUGAGUAGUAGUGAAGACAUCAAAUUUUGCCUUAUUUUUUUUUUUUGCUUCAUCAAUCAAGACAAUGCCGCUGGUGCUGAUUUCAUCUUAAUUCAUUCAUGUAUCGCUGACAGCAACAUAGAUCCAUAGAUCUCUUUCAAUCAGAUGACAAAUUCCGAAAUGAAGAUGAUGGACAAAGGCAAUAAGUUUGUAAUACGAGUGAUAUGUUGUUCAGCAUUAAUUUUCUUGUUUGGAACAAUAGUAGCAACCACCGCAGAGCCCGUUGAAGAUAAGCAGAUUCUGAUUAAUUUCAUUCAAAGCAUUUCCCACACGCGUGACAUCAAUUGGGAAAUGGGCACUUCAGCUUGUGUUAACUGGACCGGGGUUACAUGUAACCAUGAUGCCACCAGGAUCAUAGCUCUUCGUUUACCUGCUUUUAGUCUCCAUGGUCCUAUUCCUCCAAACACACUUGCCCAAUUAACCGCUCUUCAGAUCUUGAGUCUGAGGUCCAACGGCCUCACAGGUCCUUUCCCGUCCGAUUUCUCAAACCUUAGAAACCUAACAGCUCUGUACCUCCAGUCGAAUGCUUUCUAUGGACCCUUGCCUUUGAAUUUCUCCAACUGGAACAGUCUUUCGAUACUUGAUCUGUCAAACAAUGGUUUUAAUGCAAGUAUCUCUCCUUCCAUUUCGGACUUGAAUCACCUUACUGCUCUGAACCUUGCAAACAACUCUUUAUCUGGUGCAAUCCCUGAUAUUGGUAUCCCCAGUUUGCAGGUUCUUGAUUUGUCAAACAAUAAUCUCACAGGACCUGUGCCCGAAUCCCUCAAUAGGUUCCCUAGCUCGGCUUUUGUAGGAAAUAAUAUUUCUCCUCUCACUUCAAUGCCACCAGUCGUUUCUCCUACCGUCCAGCCAUCAAACAGGAAAUCUUCAAAGCUCAGCGAACCGGCGAUUCUUGGGAUCGCGAUCGGUAGUUGUGCUUUAGCGUUUGUACUGCUUGCAUUGAUAAUGAUUCUUCGUUAUUCAAAAGAGGAAAAAGAGGUCUCUGCAGAGAGACCACCGAAAGAGGAAAAAGCAACCAAACUGAGAUCCGGCAGCCAAAAUGUAAACGGGAAUGGAAGUCUUGUUUUCUUUGAAGGUAGCAGUCUUGCAUUUGACUUGGAGGAUCUGUUUAGAGCUUCGGCGGAGGUGCUAGGUAAGGGAACGUUUGGUACAACUUAUAAAGCCGCAUUGGAGGAUACAAGCACGGUUGUUGUGAAGAGGCUCAAGGAAGUUGCUGCCGCAAAAAGAGAUUAUGAGCUCCAAAUGGAGCUUGUUGGAAAUAUUAGGCACGAGAAUGUUGUUCCUUUGAGAGCAUAUUACUACUCGAAAGAUGAAAAGUUGAUGGUUUAUGAUUAUUAUGAUCAAGGAAGUGUCUCUUCAUUGUUACAUGCAAAAAGAGGUGAGGACCGUACCCCAUUAGAUUGGGAUAGCAGGUUACGAAUAGCCAUAGGAGCAGCAAGAGGGAUCGCUCAUAUCCAUUCACAAAGCGGAGGGAAGCUUGUUCAUGGAAACAUAAAAGCCUCCAACAUCUUCCUAAACAAACCACAACGAUAUGGGUGUGUAAGUGAUCUCGGCCUAGCAACCGUGAUGACUCCAUUAACCCCACCAGUGAUGCGUAUUGGUGGAUAUCGGGCACCAGAAGUAUCUGACACCCGAAAAGUCCACCAAGCAUCAGAUGUUUACUCUUUUGGAGUGGUGCUGCUGGAGCUUCUGACCGGGAAAUCACCGACUCAUGCAACUGGCAGUGAAGAGGUGGUGCAUUUGGUGAGAUGGGUUCAGUCGGUUGUCCGAGAAGAAUGGACUGCAGAAGUGUUUGAUGUGGAGCUGCUGAGGUACCCAAACAUUGAAGAGGAAAUGGUAGAAAUGCUGCAGAUAGGAAUGCAAUGUGUCGCAAGGGCGCCAGAGCAAAGGCCCAAAAUGGCAGUUGUGGUUAAACUAGUAGAAGAUAUUCGAAGGAAUAUAGGUCCAUCCGAGGUGUCAACACCGGCGACAGAUAUAACGUCGUCUCCAGUGGUAGCACAACAGAUAGGAUCAUCUGUAGUUGCAAUGUAGUAUUAUUCUUUUGAAAAUUUAGUUGUGGAAAUAAUUGUAAAAUUAAAGAAAUGAAUGUGAUACGGAGGUUGUUAUUGUUAGGUAAAUGGAAGAUUAUUUGGGGGUUUGUUUAACCUCAUUCUUUGACAAUAUUGCUCUUGAAGUUGACUUUUCAUGGUCAAAUAUAUGGUAAUUUGAUUUUGUAA